CAAUGAAACAUUUUUUUUAUUUCCUGAGCUUUUCAUCAUUCACUUAUUUUUAAAUAUUUAUCAAUAGUAAAUUUUCUAUUUACUAGAAUUCUUUAAGAUAGCGAAUUUAGAGUGAAUAGACAGCAAAGUAAAUAGACUGAGUUAGACGUAGAUCUAUACAAUUUAAUCAAUUUAAGUAUUAGAUAACAUGCGGCAAUGGACAUCGUGCCUUUUAAUGAACUCAAGCGCGAAGUACCGGUUUUAAUAUUGUCUUUAAAUACAACGUAUGCCGUUGGUCUUGUUAUACUGAUCCAAUUGCACGUAAACAAUAGAAUAUGGAGUAAGAACAUCUGAAGCAAUUACUAAAUUUGGAUCGCUCUGUGACAUUAUUGGUGUUAUUAUCAUCAAACAUAUUGAACACGGUCUGUUAUUAAUCCAAUAUUUUUUAUGGACAAAACAAACUGAUCAGGUAUCAUUUUUGUUUCCGACUGUGUGACCAGUAUGAGUUGGUUGACAAUGUGGUUGGUCAGCAGCUGAUUACCUAACGCAUAUUGAAUGACCAAUUCGACCUACACUGGAGACGUACCCGAUCGAACGCGUACUUUUCUCCCAAUAUACUGUGAAUACAAGAGUAACACUGAUUAAUCAUUUGAAUCUACGUUGCACAAGUUAACCAACAGCAGCAGACUUCUGGUUCAACUUGGAAAAGAAAUCACCAACUCAUUGUAAUCGUACAGUUUUCAGAAGGCACCUUAACGGUACAUAAGACUAGUAUUAUAUUUAUUCUAUUCGCAUCAAAUAAUUUGCUGUCGCAUAUUUAAAGAUUAAGUACUCUCGAAAGGACCCAGUGACGUUUUCAAGGCAGUUGCGCAAGUGUUUUGGAAAUUUAAGGUCACCAAAAAUCUCACCACUAUCUGUUUAACAAGACGCGCCACACAAUGUCAGGUUUAAGAAAUUUGCAAUGGGCAGCUACUGGUAAAUAUGUCCGACGUUGUUUUUCUACGACACGUUUUCAACAUAGCAGCACUGGUCAGGAUAUUGACCGCAACCACAUGAAACCACUGGAAAAACUCUCAAACCAAACCAAACAGAAGAAUAAAGUCACUCCUGUCAGAUACCAGUCGAGCCAGCCUAAAACGGCCGGUGUUGCUAGCACAUCGACAGUAAACAGACAGCGAUACAUCCAUCCCAGCGCUUUGGAGACUGUAGAUUUAUCUCCAUUGGAUGACAUGCUCGAUGACAGCGUAUAUACACGCAACGUUGAAAACUUCGUGGGAACCGUAAAGGUGCCAAUAGGGAUGGUGAAUGUUAAUGUAAAUGGAAUGCAUGCCAAUGGACCGUAUGCUGUUCCACUGGCCACAACAGAAUCAGCUUUAGUGGCAUCGUACUCAAGAGGCUGUAAGCUUAUAAAUGAGAGUGGCGGUGUAAAUACUGCUGUACUAAGGAAAACCGUUCAGAGAGCACCAGAAUUCGUAUUCCAAAAUUUACCGGACGCGUACAAAUUUCUCCAGUGGUUUAACAGUCCGGACCUAUUUCCUAUUAUGAAGCAAGUUGCAGAAACCACAACGAACCAUGGCAAGCUGAUGAAAAUAGCUGCGAAUUUGCAUGGCAACAAGGUUAUUACAAAAUGGUACUACGAAUCUGGGAACGCAAGUGGUCAGAAUAUUUGCACUUUUGCAACAAAUGCAGCCAUUCAACAUAUACUUCCCGAGGCGCCUAUUCAGCCGAAAGUAUGGUAUCUAGAGGCGGCAUCUUCCCAAGACAAGAAAGCAUCGUCUGGGUUCUUCAAUGAUACCAGAGGUGUCUACGUUACUGGUGAAGUUGUGUGUCCUAAAGAAGUUGUAGAGCAAGUUAUGAAAACAACAGUCGACAAUAUAAGCGAACUAAAUCAAUCCGUAUUGAUGGGUCAGCAUAUGCAAGGAUGUGUUGGAUUAACUUGCCACACUGCCAAUGCGUUGGCCGCCGUUUUCAUCGCAUGUGGACAAGACGCCGCUUGUGUCGCCGAAUCUCACGUCGGCAUCACAGAAAUGAGGAAAACACGAGAGGGCGAUCUACGGCUUUGCAUUACGAUUCCAUCUUUGAUGAUUGGAACUGUUGGGGGCGGCACAUCGUUGCCCUCGCAGAAGACUUGCCUUGAUAUGUUGCAACUUCCAAAAGAGAGCAGUCGAGACGCUUUUGCUGAAGUAAUUCUGGGUGUGGUCUUAGGUGGCGAAGUGUCCCUCACUGCCGCGAUGACUGCUCACCAAUUUUCAACAGCUCAUCACAAAUAUGCCCGUAAAGGCACCGGAAUAAGCAACCGAACUUAAUCCUGCGCACACACGAGAAAGACAGAUUGUCGAAAUUCCCAGACAUGUAUAUAACCGGUGUAAUAAAAUAAAACAUCAUCAAUGUCAACGUAAUGUUUGUUAUUAUUAUUAUAUUAUUUAGAAAUUGUAUAUAUCAUAUUAAAUAUGAAAUUAUUAUUGUAUAUAAUUAAUAAUAAGGUGUCUAAUUUAAAGAUUGUAAUAGUCUUUCUGUUUUCUAUAAAUAGCAACUUUGUUUUAUUAAAGGACAGCUUUAAUAAUGCAUAUCUGAUAUACAACUAAAUAUAGAAUAGAUUACUUUUGUACAAAUACUUGAAUAACACUACUUCUAAUGCACUAAUGACGGUAAAAGCUAGAACGUAAUGACGUCAGUAAAAAUCCUCUGCGCAUACAAGGCACUUUGUUCUCAGCUGGAUUCGGCAUUGUCCCCAAAACUACGUUGUACAGAUAAUUAUUCCUAGGGGCACGCCGUCGCACAAAUUAUUAACCUGUCUGAUCUGUGUUUAGUCUUUUAUAGUUCCUCAUUUCAAGACCAAAGUAAUGAUAAAUGUAAUUUAUUUAAUUAAUUUAUUUUUUUUGUAUGAGCAUUAUUCAAUAGCAACAAUAAAAUGUCUUAUCAUAUUCGUUUGUACUGUACAUGUUAUUAUGCAUAAUAAUAAUCAAAGUGAUCAUUAAGUAUGGAAGAAAUAUAAACAAAUGAACAACAAAUAUUUAUUACUUUAAAGUUUAUAUAGGCAACCUCAAUUAGAUACAUUCACUUUCGUGAGUGAUCAUUAUCCUUAACCUGAACUAGGAAGUAACCGCAAUGUUGGCAGGGGAGAGUUUCACUUCUAGAAGUUAUUGUGUAAAUGAAAUUAAUCAGUUCAAAGUGUCUUCAUAGCUAUAGCUCGAGUUUUGCAAUGCUCUUCUCCAAGGUUUGCCGCCUAAAACACCUUAAUCACCUCUAGAUCGUCCAAAACAUAACUACAAAAUUGUAACAAUACUAAAAAAGCAAGAACCUGGUGGCCUGUUCAGGGAUUUGAAAUAGACGGGCCAGGGGAGCAACUUUCACAAAUAGAGGGUCUUUAUGGCCACCUCAGCCCCACCAUAACUGGGGCUGAGGCAAUAG